AUGGCAGAGGUAGCACCAGCACCACCGGCACCAUUCGAUCCCACGACUUUCGACCCAUGGCUCCAGAAUGUUACGAUGUACGCCCCAGAUGGCAGCAUCUUGGUCGUCAACAUGGAGAUGGUCAACUUCUACCGACUCUAUACUGCUCGUCGUGGUAUCAGCUUUGGUUCUCAGAUCGGGUCGUCGUUCAUGCUGUUGCUUGUGCUGGUCCUACUUACUCGAACUGAGAAGAGGAAGUCUUUGAUCUUCAUUCUCAACGCCCUUUGCCUUUUCACAAACACUGCACGUACCAUCUUCUCGGCCUGCUACCUCACUGGCAACAUUAUGCACCCGUACGGUCUGUUAUCAGGGGCCUUCCGCGCUACUACCACCGACCUUGCCGUCUCCAUCACCACCAACACCUUGAGCUUCAUUGUAUUGGCCCUUGUCAUGGGAUCACUCAGCCUCCAAGUUUGGGUGGCAUGUGUCACGACUGGACCCAUACAGCGCGUUGUUAUUAUGGGCGCCACGACCGCAAUGGCACUGAUUUCCCUCGGGUUCAAGUUUGCGUUCAUGGUCGCCACACACAUUGCGACUGUACAGUUGGUCGACCGUGGUCAAGACAGACUCAGCGCUUGGUCAUGGAUCACACAAGCAGUGGCCAUUCUGCUCUACAGCUGCGUUUUCACAUGGAAGCUGGGCUGUGCCAUCGUACAGCGUCGCCGUCUCAACAUGCUGCAGUUCGGACCAAUGCAGAUAGUCUUCAUCAUGGGGUGUCAAACCAUGUUUAUUCCAGCUCUCAUCUCGGUCAUCCAGUUCUACGAGCCUCUUCAAGAGAAAGUUCCCGAAUUCGGCAACAUGGUGCUCACCGUUGUGUGCAUCUUCCUUCCUCUGUCGGCCAUCUGGGCGGGAGUCGCGAACGAUUCUCCUGUCGCUGACCGAAGCCGUGACGCCCACCAUCGCUUGAUCAACAGCGAAUUUGGUCGAGGCUCUUCGCCAAAUACAACAGUGAACAGCACCGCCACUUUCGAGAAGAGCCGCCAGAUGAGCUGUUCCACUUGCGCAUACACCAAGAAGGGCGAUGGUCUCGAUACACUGAGGUCCAACCCUGCUGGAACGCACAGCAAGGUCGAAGACGAUGUCAUUCUUGUCGAUCACGAGUAUGCUGUUCACCGCGAGGCGAUUCCAAUGGACCGUGUCUGA